ACGCGGAAUGGCAGCAUCAGCUUCUGUCGGGCGAUCUUCGCCACUAAGAUAAUGUUAAAUUAACAGCAUCAUGUGAGCAGAGCUUGUCGAAAAUUGUCGCAGCAAUUUGCGUCAUGUGUCAUUACCUGCUAGUUCACGCGAUGCGGUUGACAAGGAUAGUCGUUUGACAGUAAUAUGAAUCUGAGGACCAAGCGCAGUAUAACUCUCUGUACAGCGUGUUGCUUUUUUGUCAUCACCGGAAUAGAAUACGCUGUGAUAUUGCCGUCGGUAUGGAUGUAUCUCAAGAACUGCCUCGAGUCUCCCGAUUAUGCCAUCGCCGUGGUGAUCUCGGCGUGCUGCCUGACAGGGCUGUUCGUGAGCCCGUUCGUGGGUGUGUGGGCAGAUGGGACGCGCAACGUACGUUCAGUUUUACUGGUUGUCAAUGUGGGACAGUUCGCGGGCAGCCUGCUGUACUUCGUUGGCAUAUCUCCUUGGCUUCUCUUGGUUGCCCGGCUGCUAUCAGGUCUGGGCACUGGAACAGCUGCAGUCAUACUAGCUGAUACAGCCCGCUCCACAACCGAGAAAGAUCGCACUGCCACGUUUGCACUGCUGGCAGGCUUCCGUGAACUCGGCCUUAUUGUUGGAUCGUCCCUGCACGUCGUCUUUGAAAAUGAGAAUCUCAGCGUGGGAGCAUUUCCAUUCGAUCGCUAUUCCAUUCCUGCACUGCUGAUGGCUUUCCUCUGGCUACUGAUGGAAGCCUGCUUCUUCCUGGCGUACUUCAACAUGGCCCAGCUUUGCCAUCAGCAGAAACUCGAAGACACUCUGCAAUGCAGCUACUUGGAAGCGAGCAUGGGCAAUGUCUCAGAGUGUGCACCACCACCCAGUCCAUUCCCUCAGCACCGCGAGCUUCAGCAUGACUUGGAUCAUGCCGAUAGCAUCAGUUAUUCUGCAGGAGGGCCGUCAUCACACCACCCCUACCACCCGCACCGAAUGAUUCAGGCUCCUCUAAUGUGCUCGCUCAAUAGCAACCUUGCCAAGAUGCAUCGCAGCCCGCUUCACUUGUCCCUGGAUGAAGGUGAUCUCUUUAGCGAUGCCAUGAUCGAGACUGCCGAAAGGUUCAUACUGAGCUCAGAGUCUGCCAACCCUGGAGCUGCUUUUAGAAGCACGUUCAGUGCCCCUCCCAGCAUGAGUGACAUCGAGCAGUCUGCGACCCACUCGACCUCCGACAAUGUCAAGUCAGAAUCUAUUGUGCCAGAGACGCAGGUUCUGCACAGGUACUGCUCAGAGUAUAUCAGAGAAGAUACAGUUGUGUUGUUGGCUAUAACGUUUCUGGUCACCUACAGCCAAACGGCUCUUCAGGCUGCUCUUUAUCCUGUGGCAAAAGAGUACUACCACUAUGGAGAGUUGAAAAGCAUUGCGAUAUACCUCGUAUGUGGUGUUGAGGUCCUCCUGGUGUUUGUCAGUAUACACAUCCUGAGUCGGCAGCUUUCAGACCGACUGUUGCUCCUAGUUGGCCUAGUCUUCACUUGUGCGGGAACUUUCCUUUGGCUUGGUUUCAGUUUUGUUGCAAGUCCAGGAAGGUUGAGCUCGCUGCCUCUGUUUGUGCUCGGAACUGCCAUUGACCUGUUUGGAAUGCCCAUGCUGACAGUGUGCACAAGUUCUUUAAUAUCCAAGGUCACCAGCAGCAAACAUCAAGCUGUUAUGCAGUCGCUGUACAUGGGCGUAAUGCAGUUAGGCUGUACGUUGGGACCGCUGUGGACAGGAGGUACCUUACAGCACAAGAGCAUGCUUUUUGGUGUCCCCUGUGGCCUAUCAGUCCUGUUCACGGUGCUGUUCCUUGCCUCCUUCCCACAACUUGGCCAGCAGCAGUCAGUGAAUGAGAACAGCGAGGAAGCAGAAGAGGUAGACAGUUCAUCAAAAACGGAACUAACCACUGCCAGCGAUGCACACUAACACGUUUCCUGCUAUUUGUGUGUUGGAAAUCGCAUGCUUUCUUAGCCCGACUGUACCAGCCUAUGUGUGCAAACUGCCAUACUCCUGUGUUUUUGUUUUUGUUUUGCAGGACAAUGAACAGAUACCUCUUUUGAGGCAAAGACGCUAAAAGCACUUUUUUUGCAAGCACGGUUUUUAAUUCACACGGUCGUCACACUGCGUCUUUAUAUAUAUGAUAUACAUAUUUUCUUCAAAAUAAAUUUAUACAUUUAUUCA